GCUCCCGCAGAAAAGACUUCGAGUAACAGCGCGUGCCCGCAGCUGCACGGCGCUAAUUUAGAUAGUUUAGUAAUCAGAAAUCCCCCUGGGAACAAAUCCAUGUUCUUACACAGGCACGGAGGACGGAUAGUCGAGCAUUUGGAAAACAUUGAAACGAGCCUGGAGUACAAUUUUUUUACGACUUGUAGGAAGCAUAAAGCGGGUUCCGGUGGCGAUGUUUUUUCUGUCAGGAAGUUUGACGUAUUCGGUUGAAGAUUAAUUCUUACUUUGUUUUGGUUGGGGAAAGUUGCGGACCACCGUCGGUUACAGAAACCGCACGACAGCUCUGCGACUGGAAAAGACUGCUUUUUUUGUUUUUGUUUGUUUUUGUUUUUUUUUGCGUCAAAGUCAGUUUGGACCUGACAUGAAUCCUCCAGGACCGUAAUGAAAGAGUCCGGAGCUCUGCGAAAUGUGUAAACAUCGAUGGACUCUCUCCAACUUGGCUUUGCUUGAAAUAACAACUCGAGUUAAUGUUUAUUUUAAACGCAUGCAUGCAGUAUUUUUCCUGUCAGUGUCAUUUCAGACAGUUUUUGCUUCUAGUGUGAACUUCAUCACGUCGCGCAUUGAAUCAAAUUCCCUUGCACUUUUGUUAUAGGCCAGAGACAGGCCUUUAUGUGCUCUAAUGUUUGGAUCCAUAUUCAAGUUGCCAUGCGAUGCAGAUAAAUGUAAUGCAAUCAUAAAAGGACACAUAUCUCCAGCCUAAACUAUUUUGGACUCCCAACCUGGCAACACAGUGAAGGAAAAUCUGCAACCUUAGCAGGAAGAGAGAGGCCAUCAAAAUCACGGAAAUCGUACGGUCCUUUCCUCUGGCGAGCUGAUACACACAAAUGGAUUUCAUACAGGCCAUACGGUUAUUGUUACACCUUGUUUGGUAGCUUUUGUUCCUGUGUAACUCGGUUAUGGGACACGGCUCCCCUGUCCCACACGCCUGAAAGCUGUUGUGACCUCUGAAAAUGUUUUGGAAAUUUAAGUUUUCCAAAGACCCGAGGCUGGACCGGAGCAGAAGUUUGUGUUUGGGCCACAGCUGGAGCAGUCUGAUGUAGGCUUUUCCAUCGGAACAUUUUCUCUGUUCAACUCGCAGCUGUCUGAUGUGACCAGGUCUGUUUUUACAACCUGGAAAGUGUCCGUUAGUGUGUGUGCUUUAAUUUUUCCGUUGACGAAGAAGAGCCCCUGUUACCUGGGGGGUCAGCCCCGCCAUGGCGCCCCCGCACUCAUACACACGCACACUGCCCGGUGUGUCGGUGUGACUCAGGGCACCGAUGGACUUGAGCAACGGCAGGACCCACUGCGUCACUUCUGCCGCGAGACACAGGUGACCGGAGUCUGCUUCACGCGGGAGAAGCCCGGGCUUGUCCCGACCUGACCAAGGUCGUCAAGGCGACAGGCUGUGGGUGGUUUGUCAUAGCAGAGACGCAUUUCUGAAGACUGGUUUGUAGACGACGUACUCAAACAUCACCACAAUGAAUGAGAGGCAGGCUCUCCACUCUAUAAUGAAGGACCUGGUUGCCCUCCAGAUGACGCGGCGCCAGCCUGUGUUGUCUUAUGACAGUGGCAAACCUAAGACACCGGCCCAGGCCAACAGACAGGACGAUGUCAGGAUAAAGUUCGAGUUCUCAGGAGAGAGGAGGAUCCUGAUGUUUGGACGACCUGUGCAGUUCGAGGAAAUCCAACAGAAAGUCAAAACUGUGUUUGGCCAGCAGCUAGACCUGCAUUAUAUGAACAAUGAGUUGUCCAUCCCUCUACGAGAUCAGGAUGAUCUCGACAAGGCAAUUGACCUGUUGGACCGAAGCUCCAACAUGAAAAGCAUCAGGAUCCUGCUGCUCACUCAGGAGCACAGUAAUGCUUCCUCCCCCACACACCACGUGCCGUGUAAGCAGGUGAGGAUCAAGUCCUCCCAGUCAACUGGAGACGUUAGCACGGUGUACCAAUCCUCCGAGCCCAGGGGGCGCCACUUAUCGACUGGUUCUCAGAACACGGGACGUAGUUCACCGCCUCCUGGCUACGUGCCUGAACGCCAGCAGAGGAUCGCCCGCCAAGGUUCAUACACCAGCAUAAACAGUGAGGGGGAGUUCAUCCCUGAGACCAGUGAUCAGUGUGUGCUUGAUCCCUGGAGCAGUGCAGAAAACUCUGUCUCUGGAAGCUGUCAGUCUCUGGACAGCAACUCAGACAGCCCUUCACUGAGGAAGUCUCGCAUGCACAGAGCCAAGAGUUACCCUGAUAAUCGUCAGGAGUGCUCAGACAGAGAAAAUCAUGUGUAUGACAGGGUAGCAGGGAAAGGAGGCACCUAUCCUCGAAGGUACCAUGUCUCCCUGCAUCAUAAGGACCACAGUGAAGGCCGUCGGACAUUUCCACGGAUUCGUCGCCCCCAGGGGAACCUGUUCACUCUGGUGCCCUCACGCCGAUCGCUUAACGGCAGCGAAGAGAGUCUGGGCACCUGGCAGCUGGUCGAUGCUCAGGGCAGACUCCGUCCUCAAGAUCGUACUGUGGCGCAUAAGUCGCCCAGUGCUCCAAUGACAUGGCGGCGGGGGAAACUCUUAGGCCAGGGGGCGUUUGGUCGGGUUUACCUGUGUUACGAUGUGGAUACUGGGAGGGAGCUGGCUGCCAAGCAAGUCAACUUUGAUCCUGAGAGUCCUGAGACCAGCAAGGAGGUCAGCGCUUUAGAGUGCGAAAUCCAGUUGCUGAAAAAUCUGCAUCACGAGCGCAUCGUUCAGUACUACGGUUGUCUGAGGGACCACAAUGAGAAAACCCUCACUAUUUUCAUGGAGUACAUGCCAGGGGGUUCAGUCAAAGACCAGCUCAAGGCCUACGGGGCACUGACAGAAAAUGUGACCCGAAAAUACACAAGACAGAUCCUGGAGGGCAUGUCCUAUCUGCACAGCAACAUGAUCGUACACAGGGACAUCAAAGGUGCCAAUAUCCUGCGGGAUUCAGUGGGCAACGUGAAGCUCGGAGAUUUUGGUGCCAGCAAGAGGCUGCAGACCAUCUGCAUGUCUGGCACCGGCAUCCGCUCUGUGACCGGCACCCCCUACUGGAUGAGCCCAGAGGUGAUCAGUGGAGAGGGCUACGGCAGAAAGGCUGAUGUCUGGAGCCUUGGUUGUACGGUGGUGGAGAUGCUGACAGAAAAACCUCCAUGGGCUGAAUACGAGGCAAUGGCAGCCAUUUUCAAGAUCGCCACCCAACCCACCAACCCACUGCUGCCCUCACACACCUCCGACCAGGCACGGGACUUCAUGAGCUGCAUUUUCGUGGAGGCCAAACACAGGCCUAGUGCUGAGGAGCUGCUCAGACAUCCCUUCUCCCAGAUUCUGUGCUGAAACUUGCCUGGUUUCUGAACUUUAACCACAGAGUGGCACAGUAGCCUCAGCAGUAUCUGUAGCUUUCUACAAAUCCAUCCAUGGGUCCAGAAAUCUGGACGAGGAGCUAGCCUAAGAGUGUUAAACCCACAAGCCUCUGCCACUGUUCAGAUGCUUCUAUAAGAUUUUGUCUCCUCUUGCAUAAAUCCAAAUAAUAAUUCCUUGAAAACCAAUGCCAGUACAUGCUCUUACAGGAUUCACCACCAGGGGGAAACAAAACACAGCUUAAGGUUGGUUCCUGAUCUACUUUCUCAGACGCACACACUCCAAAUGAUGCAGCAUUAUUCAAGUCUCACCAGUUGUGUCUUCAUAAAGUAUCCUCUCCUGUGUUUACAUUCACUUGUUGGGCAGUUAUAAUAUCAGAACGCCUUUAAGUGUUUGACAUUUAAACAUUUAGCUGAGUACCAUUUUAAAGCUACAGCCGGCCUAAAGCUCAAAUAUGUCCAGUGGAUGUUGAACACCUCAACGGUGUUAAUUGUUAAUUUUCCACAAUUCUCUGUCUUGUCUUAAACAAAGAAAACUCUGCCCUUCAACUAUAAAUCUGUUAAAAGCUAUUUGUGGUGCAUUUUGCAUUUCUGACUGGGUGGGAUGAGGUGAUGUCACAUGGAGUAGCUACACUGGAGUUUAAUAGAGGAAUAAUGUUCAGCUGUUGAACACAUCAGUAUUAUUAUUUAGACCAGAGCUUGUUUUGGUUUCAGCCUUUUAGAAUUAAGACAUCAUUUAACGUGACUUUGUAAUAAUACAGGUAGAAAUGAAUAAUAAAUAGAUGGACACGUUUCUCAAUUGACACUAUCCUCAAAAGACUGUUGCACUGCAGCUUUGUGCCUCUUAUGUAUUGUGGUUCAAAUAACAGUGACAUGUAUCUGUUUCUCUGAAAAAAAAAGAGGAUGAUCUUUGAAAAACCUGUUUAACAUCAUGUACUGAACGUAUUUCCAAAAUCCUUAGAGGCUCUUCUAAUCAUCUGGAUGAAAAAUGUUCAGUCAUAUGCACUUAUUGCAUCUAUAGACAAAUAUAAUUGAUGAUAUUUUUGUAAAAUUAGGUUUAAAUUGUAUAAGUUAAGGAAAAACAUAUGUCAUUACCAGCUACCAUUUAUAUUUGGAUGUGAAAAGUAGUCAGUCAGAAUAUUUCUUCAUCCAAAUGGUUAGAAGUUUUUGGAAAUACUUCAAGGCAGCAGUAAGUUCUGUUAAAUGACUUUCAGGUUGUUGUUUUUUUAAAGAUAAUUUUUCAGAGAAACUCUAGCUCUUAGCUCUGUGAAUUGAAUGUAAUUAUAAUACAUAAGAGGCAAAAACUGGGACAUGCAGCUACAAUUCUUCAUUUAAGAUAUGACUCUUAUAUCUCUAAUAUUUCUCCAUUUAAAAAAAACAAAAAACAAAAAAAACAUUAUCACUAUCACCGUCCUACCUGUAAAACUAACCAGUUAAAUCUGGGGCUGUUAAGUGUGUUUGGGGAAAUUAAGAGAAUGAGUACAUUUCAGUACAGUCUAAGAAUAUGGAUUGAAUAAUCGUCUCAUAAAGUUUGAGGAUGACACGUGACUGUGUAAGAGGAGCUGAGGGUGGAUCUUUUCUUUAAGAUGUGUCUUUUUGAAUUGAGUCUUGCUCGACCAUUCACCUCAGUGUGACUUCUGUUUCUACCUGCCAUCUUCUUCUUGUAGCUCUUCAGUAUCACAGGUGUUCUCAGCUGACAAAGUGCCAAAAAGGGGCAGAUAAAAUGUUAUGCUAUGGACUUGGUAUCAGUUAUAUGUGAAAGUGAAGCAGAUUAUUUUUUUUAAUGGUUUAAACACAAACUAAAGGCCUUAAUUUGGAAGUGAUCUUACUGUUGUGUGUCAGGCCCAAUCAUCCCUGACUGAGAAGCCAUAGUUUAAAGAUCAAUUUUAAAUCGGAUGCACUUUUAUGUAAAAUGAAUGUGGGGUUUUUGUUCUCUUUACCAAAUUUGACUUGUUUUUUUACUUCAAAUGUGAAAAUUGUUUCAUUUUUAUUUAUAUCCCCAUGUCCAUUCCAAUUAGAUUUUAUAAGCAAAUAUAUAUAUUAUAUAUUUUUUAUAUUUAGACAGUGUCAAAUCUAAUGAUACUUUCUGGACUUUGUGUCGUUAAAAGUAAAUCAUUGAAAGCAGCUGGUUUUGCAGACAUUACAGAAUUGGGGUUUAUAAAUGAAAAAUGGGUGGAAAACGAACUCUGACUGCCUGGUUCUUGUUCCAACUCAAAAAAAACUUUCCACACCUCCUAGCUAUACAUUUAGAUGACAGUAUUACUGGACAGGUUACGGAAACCCUAGCACCAUUUGGCCUUGCUUGACACAUCAAUGAGCUCUUAUGAAUGAAACCUUUAAAGGUUUUACUUACAUAAAUAAAUGCUGGGAAUAUUUAUUGUGUGAUCUCAGAACUUUGAAAUGUAAUUAAAGGUUGUGUGUGUGUGAGCCAAAGACGAGCAGGUUCGGAGCCAGUGCUGAAUUUUAGAGUUCGCUUUUCAACUCAGAUGACGACUUUGUUUAUCCCAGGGUUCAGACAAAGAGUCCAGUAUUGAAUGAUUUUCAGGGCAAAGGGCUUACUGCUGCCUUAACGCUAAUAUGAGAACUUUCUAUGGGCUGCUACAGGCUAAAGGCAGCUAAAACAUGUUCAGUGUUGAAAAUAAUGCAUUUUUAAUAAAAGAGAUAAAGAACCCUGUGGUAAGCAAAUGAAUACAAAGUAGUUGUCUAGAGAUCUAUAUAUGUAAAUGUAUGUAUGUAUCAUGACAGGACUUGCAGUGCAAAGUCUAAUGUAUCAAAUCUAUUUUACAGCAAGAAGAGAACAGUAUGUUUAAUGACAGUGUUUAUAUAUAAGUCAUGCCCUCGCUCCAAAACAAAUAAAUUGUUUUUAAAAA